CCCGGCUCCCGCACGCGGCCAUGGCGGACCCGGAGCUGCAGCUGGUGGCGCGGUGCAUCCGCAGCUUCCCGGACUUCCCCAUCCCCGGCGUGCUGUUCCGGGACAUCGCGCCGCUCCUGAAGGACCCCGACUCCUUCCGCGCCUCCAUCCAUCUGCUGGCCGCCCACCUGAGAGCCACGCACGGCAGCCGCAUCGACUACAUCGCAGGCCUAGACUCCAGGGGCUUCCUGUUUGGACCCUCCCUGGCCCAGGAGCUGGGCCUGGGCUGUGUGCUCAUCAGGAAGCGUGGGAAGCUGCCAGGCCCCACAGUGUCUGUGUCUUAUGCACUGGAGUACGGCAAGGCUGAGUUGGAGAUCCAGAAAGAUGCCCUGGAGCCGGGGCAGAAGGUGGUGGUUGUGGAUGAUCUGCUGGCCACUGGUGGAACCAUGCGAGCAGCCUGCGAGCUGCUGGGUCAGCUGCGCGCCGAGGUGCUGGAGUGCAUCAGCCUGGUGGAGCUGACCUCGCUCAAGGGCAGGGAGAAGCUGGGGCCAGUGCCCUUCUUUUCUCUCCUGCAGUACGAGUGACCCAACAGCACCUCCACCACCUCAGGACAGACUGGUUCACCUUCCUGCCUUCAGUAUCCUCCGGGGGCCCUGGCAGUAGCCAGCUACAUUUUUCUGUGGGGCUCCCCCAGGGCCUUCCUGAAGGUCCCAGUGUCGACAAACAGCAAUAUCACAGUAAAGAGCUUUUGUACA